AUGGCGGACGACGGGGAUGUUCCUGAGAACACCCAUGUUAUUUUUAAGCAUUUCCUUACCUCUACCGAAGGUAGCUCGACUGGUCCUGAGCGUACUGUCCGCAUAUGCCGGCACUGCAAGCUUAAGUUCGUAGGCGGCGCCUUCCGUUGUGCGCAACACAUCACGCGCUGGAAAGGGCUGAAUCGGAAGGACGUCCGUCUUUGCAAGGCGCCUAUCCCUGCUGCUGACCGCGGCGCCGUCCGCGAAUUGUACGAAGGCAAACACGCCCGCAGGGAAGGGAAGAAGAAGGCGGAGGAGAUGGCGAUCGCGGCGUGUGCAGGUGGAUCGAAGAAGCAGUGCAUAGAAGACUUCUACGGGGAAGGGUCGUCGUGUGCGAAGGAGUCGGCAGACGACGCCAUCUGCCUCAUGUGGGCGGCACUUCACCUACCGGAGCAUCUCGCCGAUCACCCUAUCUGGCGGAACGCUGUGCGCUGCAUCACGGACGCGGGCCAUGGCUACGUUCCGCCGAAGCGGCGGUAUGUUGGUGGCGCCGGCCUUGCGCGCUGCCGCGGAAAGAUCGAGAAGGGCCUCGCUCCCAUCACUGCGAGCUGGAAGCGGGAUGGCGUGACGAUAGGUUCGGACAUGAUGACGGACAAAAGUGGUCGUCCCCAAGCCAACAUCCUGCUCAUCAACGAUUCCGGUGCUGUGUUCGCCGAAAGCAUCGACUGUAAGUUGGAAACGAAGACGGGAGGAUACAUUGCAUCGGUUUUGCGCCCGAUCAUUGAGAAGGUGAAGGGAGGGAAGGGGAAGCAGGUGCUGAAGCCGGCGGGCACCAGAUUUGGCACGCAAUUCAUCGCGGUGCAGCGGCUUUGCGAGGUGCGGAGUGCAUUGACGCAAAUGGUGCUGAGCCAGGAGUGGCGGGAUUGGGCGAAGGGGAGGAAGCCGCCGGUCGAGCCCUUCGCGGACAUGAUCAUGGAUGCCGUGUGGUGGAAAGGGGCGGAGUUCUUCGUCGCCCUCCUGAAGAUCCCCUUUGUCGUCAUGUGCAAGACCGACUCGACGGCCAAGGGCAUGAUGGGCAAGAUCUAUGAUCUGAUGCUCCAGCUCACGGAAGACAUCAAUGCGAAGCUGGAGGAGGAGGAGGCGGGAUUGGUGCUGUCCAGCACUGAACGCACGGAGGUGACCAACAUCGUCCAGAAGCGCUGGGACCACAGCAUGGCGUGUGCCAUGCACGUGGUUGGCCGGAUCCUCAAUCCGGUCAACCAGGAGGAAGGCAUCUUCCGGACCGACCUGGAGUGUACGCGCGUCUUCAAAGCGUUCGUCGCUCGUCACUUUGGGGGGCAGACCGUCACGCGCAAGGAGGGAGAUGAGCUGCGUGCAUCGCACGUCAUCCAGGACGGCCUGACGGCAUUCAACACCCUUCAGGGGAGCUUUGGCCUACCCGACGCCAUCACUGACCGUGAGCUCGUGAAGGCCGGUAAGAAGACGGCCGUCGAUUGGUGGACGUGGCACGGGACGGACUACCCCGAGCUGACAACGCUCGCCUGCCGCGUUCUCUCUCAGCCAGUGUCCGCAUCGGCGUGUGAGAGGAACUGGGCAGUGUGGGAAUCGAUCCACACUGCCAAACGCAACAGGUUGGGGUCCGAGAAGUGUCGGGACCUCGUGUAUGUUGCGCACAAUUGGAACAUUGUGCGCAACUGGCACAAGGGGGCUGAGGGGGUGACGGUUCUCCCGGGGAACAUCCCUGAGGCCCCCCUGCCGGAAGGGUACAAGGAGGUUUUGGAGGAGGAUGAGGAGGAGGGGGAGGAGGAUGAGCUGGAGGAUGAGUACAAGUAG